CCUUGGCACGUCACUUCCGGCGGCGCGGCGUACGGGCAUAUCCCGGCGUGCUCCGCGCCGGGCCUCCUCUUCCGGCCCCAAGAUGUCCAAGCGAGGACGCGGCGGUUCCUCCGGUGCCAAGUUCCGCAUCUCCCUCGGUCUCCCGGUGGGAGCUGUGAUCAACUGCGCCGACAACACGGGUGCCAAGAACCUGUACAUCAUCUCCGUGAAGGGGAUCAAGGGACGCCUGAACAGGCUGCCGGCAGCCGGCGUGGGUGACAUGGUGAUGGCCACCGUCAAGAAAGGCAAACCAGAGCUGAGGAAGAAGGUCCAUCCGGCGGUGGUAAUUCGGCAGCGAAAAUCGUACAGGAGAAAAGACGGGGUGUUCCUCUAUUUUGAAGACAACGCAGGAGUGAUAGUAAAUAAUAAAGGUGAAAUGAAAGGCUCUGCAAUCACAGGCCCUGUGGCUAAGGAGUGUGCGGAUCUGUGGCCCAGGAUCGCCUCCAAUGCAGGAAGCAUUGCAUGAACGUGUUCAUCUCUGUAGAGAUAAAAUAAAAGUCCUUGUACCAAAGAA